ACGAAAAACUGGUCGGUCGAUCCACGGCAGGAUAACCUCUAUGUUCGUAACAAUAUCUGAUUGAUUAUUAAAAAAUUAGCAUAUCUAUUAUUAAAUAUAUCAACUUGAUAACUUUGUUGGUUGUUAAUUAUUUUCUUCUCCAUAGGACUUUAUUAUGCAGGUAUAGACGGAUAGACCCAUAUCGUAAUGAUACCACGACAAUACUGUCACUAAAUUUUUAUAAUAUAAUAAAUAUGUUAUAUUCUUGUUUUUUUUUUCUGUUUGGUUUAAAACUUUAAAUCCUUGUCUGCGUAAAACACACCACAGUAUAAUAUAUAUUCACCAUGGUUACGUGCGUUUAGCUAGGUUUGGAUUAUUUCCGUAAUAAGAUGCCCGAGAAAAUCUUUGGUUUGAAUUUUGUUGGUUAAGAGUACGAGAGUUUAUCUAAAAUUAAUACGAGUCGGAUGGUCCAUGUUUUCUUAUAUGCUACAUUGAAUUUCAUUUUACAAAAAAAAAACGAAAAAUUCAUUUUAUAAUUUGUUUGGUUACUUAUAAUAUCCGCUACAUCCAAAUAAGCUGAGGCUGUCAGGUGAGUGAUAUGAAAGACAAAAAAUGUUAAGGACUUUUACAAUCGUUUGAAAUUGUUCAUAUAAAUCCAAAUUCAGUUAUGAAACUAUAAUGUUUAAUUAUUGCUUUGUUAUUUUUCGCUAUUGAGCAUGCCAUUAACGUAUGAAGCAAGUAAAUAAUUGAUUUCCCCAGUUGGCAUACAUAACACUUACCAUGACUGUUGACCAGAAAAAAACUGACCAUGAUUUUAGUCCAAUAAAUUAUACUAUUAGUCAUCUAAAUAUUAUGGUAUAUUAUUAUUACUCGAUCGACAUCAUAAACAAAACAAAUCCAUGUUUUAUAAUACAAACUAUACCUUACUUCUUAUUGCAUGUCAUAAAAUUAAUACCCUUAAUUAAUCAAAAUAUAUACUCUUUAAUACAAAAAAUCAUAUAUAGGUUAGCCAUAAUGUGUAAUUUAAUAGGUUUGUGUCGAUAAAAGUCAAAUACCUAGUUUUAACAUCAUUAGGACUUCUCCAAUAGGUCUCUAUAUUUCACUCUAAAAUAGAGUAACUUUAUUAUAGAGUUGAAUUUGCUCCAAUGGUUCAUUUUAUAAUAGAAUUACUCUAUAAUAGAGUGAAAUAUAAAGCAAUUUUGUUUUUUUACUCUAAAUAUAGAGUAAAAAAGUAAGAUUACUAUAUAUUUUACUUUAUUAUAGAGUGAACUAUUAGAGCAAAUCUAACUUUAUAAUAGAGUUAAUCUAUUUUAGAAUGAAAUAUAGAAUAAAUUUUAGUAUGCCAUUGGAGAUGAUCUUAUCUACUUAUACUUUGUUAUGGUUCGUUCCGUAAACCUUCACUGCUUUUGAUGAUACUGAUCAUGUUAUACAAUUGGAUUUUUUUCUAUUACGUAAAAGAAUAAAAGGAAAAUAUUAAAAGACACGAUUAGCGAAAGUGGGUCGGUCGACCAACAAAACUCCCUCCCCUAAAGUCAAAAGUUAGGAACUAGAGGGGAAUGUGCGUUUUUAACACUUGUAAAUUUUUUGUAGAAUCAUGUAAAAUAAGCAAUAAUUAUAGAUCGAGUCGGCCAACUUUGUUGACUAAUUCCCCAUAUAUACGGCAUGCAUGGUCCCUUAUUAAAAACUUAAAUCGAAUUAGCUUUGCUUACAUGCACCAGGUAGACAUCAAUAUUAACAAACUCGUUUUAUUUAUGAUCUAGCAACUAGUGGUCUAGUAGGCUACGUUACGGGUCAAAUUAUUUUCCAAAUUCAUGAAAGUUGAACUCCUUAACUUUGUUGUAGAUUUGACAAUGUAGAUCAAUUGCAAUAAAUGAGUGUGUAAGGUAUAGGUCACGACAUCACGUCCAGAAACAGAGACGCCCUACUGAGAGAUGUUUCAGACAAGCUGAUAUAAAAAUAAUUAGGACAACAUCAAUAUCUCGGAAAAUAGUACACGUACAACACAAGAUCGUGUUCGAAAGAAUGACGUUGCACGAUAUGUUCACCGUUUUAUUUUUGUGUGUGGCUUUCCGUGCCGACUACUCAAUCUCCCAUCCGCACGUGAGACUCCUUUGCCUUCUCUUUUACACCUUUUCACUUAUUUAAAUCUUUUCCUUUUCCAUUACUUCUUUGAUUAGAUUGAUUAGAUAUUUCGUUCUUGUUUGUUUCCAUUCUAUUAAUAGUUUUGUCGUAAGAGCACGUUCAACGCUGUCUCUUAAGUGCGUAUAAAACGCUUAAAAACGAUUAAAAGAAAUAAAAAGAAGACAAAACCCGAAGCCACGUCCCUUAAUUAGGGGCGCUAUAAUACCGUAUGUUACGGGCACGUGUCACAUAAUAAUUGGAAAAGGCAAUGGUGGAGACGCGUCUUCGUUUCAUCUUCGUUCUUUUCUCUGUUUUGGUUUCUCCGUCUCGACGACGAGAAAGGCGAUUCAUGUGGCUCUCGGUGGCGAUACGGCGACAUCUCAAACGGUGGGUCUCAUCGACGCAGGGAAGCCACGAUCUGACCAUUGGUGUCUCUCAGACACGCAGAUAAACGCUGCCGAGUGUUAAUCUUGGUUUUGGUUGUUGAUCAAAAGUCGGUCCAUGUCUGGAUCAAGACGCACGAUCCAGGUUCAAGAGGAAGAUAAACGGCGUCUGUUGGUCAGGCUUAUGAAACGGUCAAAACAAAGGCGUACUCUUGUUGAUAGAGAAAUGGAUUACAAUCCGUUUACGCAGUCAUCAAACUUUGUUGGACUACUUACUAGCCAACAAAGUAUUUCCUUUGGUUCAUCUCAAGUUCCAACUCCAGUCUCUGAGGAUGUUGGUGAGCGUCGGGAACGAAAGAAGUGGACGCCCAGUGAUGAUAUUCUGCUGAUCAGCUCGUGGCUCAACACGAGCAAAGAUCCAAUUGUUGGCAACGAGCAAAGGUCAGGCACAUUCUGGACGAGAAUUGCAGCGUACUAUGCCGCUAGUCAGAAGGUUGCUGGCUGCGAAGAGAGAGAGGCUGGUCACUGUAAACAACGCUGGCAUAGGAUCAACGACUUGGUCUGCAAAUUCUGUGGCUCCUACGAAGCUGCUAAAAGAGAGAAGACUAGUGGCUGCAAUGAGAAUGAUGUGCUCAAAAAAGCACAUGAAAUAUUCUACAAUAACUAUAACAAGAAAUUUAAUCUCGAGCACGCUUGGAAAGAGCUGAGGAACGACCAGAAGUGGAGUGACCAAUCUUCUGCAAAAAACGAGGGAAACUCUAGCAAGAGGAAGGGUGAUGAUGGUGGAGAAACAUCGAACUCCCAAGGUACUGAACCCAAGCGUCCCGCGGGUGUUAAGGCGUCAAAGGCCUCUGGGAAGAAGAAUAUGGUGGAGGAGAAAGCGCUUAAAGAGUUUGAAAGUAUGUGGGCUAUUAAACAACAGGACUUGGCCGCCAAGGAUAAGUUGUCGAGGAUGAGACUACUUGAAUCUCUGGUUUCAAAAAAGGAGCCUUUAGCCGAGUAUGAAGAAGCCUUAAAGAAGAAGAUCAUCAGUGACAUUAUGUUUAAUUAGCGUCAGGACAGUGUGAAAAGAUGGAGCAAUGGGAGUGGAAUAAUCACGGAGUCUCUGUGGUCUUGCGGUCUUGGCGUCUUGUGUCACGGAGUGAAAGUGUAGUAGGUCUUGCGGUCUUGGAGUCUUGUGGUCUUGAAGUCUUGUUGUCUUGGAGUCUAGUGGUCUUGGAGUGUUGUAGUACUUGUAGUACUUGUGUCACGGAGUAAAAGUUUCUAGUGGAGUCUAGUAGUCUUGUAGUGUUGUUGUAGUCUUCUACUACUUGUGUCACGUGUCUUGUAUCAGACUUUGGUCCCAAUCUCUAUAUAUUAAGUCAUGUUGCGUUAAUGUUUUA